CAAGCCAUUUUUUUUCGCCGGUUAGCCCCCAGACGGCGCUAUUUCGGCUCGGCUCCUGAGGGCGCCUAAUGGCUGGAAAUGUUCUAAGGCUCUAACCCCUAUCGAAGAAUCCCGUAACCGGCAACUCCUCGCGCCGUACUCGCCUUUGGCCUCAUGCUUUGCAGGAAAAGUGACCGACACCAUUUUUUUCAGGUGCUGAGACGCAUGACAUUUAGCAGACACGAAAAGUUAAUGAUCAAUCACUUGUACUCCCAAGUGUCAAUUUCUAAUGUCUCUUUAGCAAUUUUUCUUCAGCAUUUACUUCAUGAUCAUACGUAAUUAUUGACACAUUGGCUAUGAAGAUUGGAGACAAGAUCAUAAACGAUUGUGGGAUGGGCAUGGGCAGCCAUUUGCUGCCAAAUCUCUGGCAUAGCAUCCCACGCGGAAACAUCCCUCUAUGUAUAACUAUGUUCUAGUAUGGUCCUAACCCUUAUGGCCCUACCCUAAUUAAGGUGCAGUUCAUGGACCAACCGGGUCCAUGGGCAUUGGCAGCCCACAUGCGUUUCCGGACGACACAGUGCCAAACCACCGCACGCCCUACUUAUCUUGAAAUCCAAAUGCUGUCACGGCACCGGUCCACAUUCAGAGUUCGGUGAUCCGUAUAAUUGAUCAUAUCCGCAUCUCGGCAUCUGCAUUUCCAUCACAUGUUGUUAAUAGAGAAGAUAAACUCUAUCAGAUUCACAUUCCUUCACAAGAAGAAAGAUUCACAUAUAUUUUUAGAAAAUCAAGAUUCACAGAUAUUCGAGUGAUCCAGCUUCAGUAAUUCGGGCAAGGGUGGGGGCGCCGCCGCGGUUUUCACUCUCGCGAAAAGGUUACAGGAUCCGCGUCCAAAAGAAGCGGACAAAAUCGCGAUGGCAACGGCACCAAAGAUUCACGAGCGCACUGGUCGGCGGAGGUUCACCGGCAUGGCGAUGGUGUCUCUCGAGUCUCGCCUCCGCUCGCUCCUUGUCCACCCGCACGCCACUAACCCGGACAGUCAAAACCGAUUGGGAAAGGAGCAACCUACCCGCUACGUCCCCGCGGGACCCACACACCCACAGCCGCUAGCUACAUGCUCGCUCCGGUGUCCGGUCGAUCGUGUGCCGCCGUAUAGCUCCGCGGUUCUUGGCUGAACCCCCCAUUAAUUCUCCCAGUCUCUUCCCGUGAAAGCGGCGCGAAUCUUGGCCCAGUGUGAGCUUCUGCGCGGCGCCGGAGCAAUGGCGGUGCAGCACUCCCUCCAGGUGAUCGACGGCCGGUGCGACGACGACGGGAGCCCGCCCCGGACCGGGACCGAGUGGACGUGCGCGGCGCACAUCAUCACGGCGGUGAUCGGGUCCGGGGUGCUGUCGCUGGCCUGGGGCGUGGCGCAGCUGGGAUGGGUGGCCGGGCCGGUGUGCAUGCUCUGCUUCGCCGUCGUCACCUACGUCUCCGCCUCCCUCCUCUCCGACUGCUACCGCUGCCAGGACGCUGAGAAGGGGCCCAGGAACCGCUCUUACAUGGACGCCGUCCGCGUCUACCUCGGCAAGAAGCAGACCUGGGCUUGCGGCUCGCUGCAGUACCUGAGCCUGUACGGCUGCGGCGUCGCGUACACCAUCACCACCGCCACUAGCAUCAGGGCGAUUCUGAAGGCCAACUGCUACCACGCGCACGGGCACGACGCGCCCUGCAGCUUCGACGGAAGCUACUACAUGCUCAUGUUCGGUGGGGCGCAGCUCCUCCUCUCCUCCAUACCGGACUUCCACGACAUGGCGUGGCUCUCCGUCGUUGCCGCGGUCAUGUCCUUCUCCUACGCCUUCAUCGGCCUCGGCCUUGGCCUCGCCAGCACCAUCUCUAACGGCGUCAUCAAAGGGAGCAUAACGGGUGUCCCAACAAAAACCCCUCUUGCCAAGGUAUGGCGCGUCUCACAGGCCAUCGGGGACAUUGCGUUCGCAUACCCGUACUCCUUGAUCCUCCUAGAAAUUCAGGACACCCUCAAGUCGCCACCGGCAGAGAACAAGACGAUGAAGAAGGCGUCCAUCAUCUCCAUCCUGGUCACCACCUUCUUCUACCUCUGCUGCGGCUGCUUCGGCUACGCCGCCUUCGGGAGCGACGCGCCGGGGAACCUCCUCACCGGCUUCGGCUUCUACGAGCCCUACUGGCUCAUCGACUUCGCCAACGCCUGCAUCAUCCUCCACCUGCUCGGCGGCUACCAGGUGUACAGCCAGCCGAUCUACCAGUUCGCGGACAGGUACUUCGCGGAGCGGUACCCGGGGAGCGGGUUCGUGAACGACUUCCACACGGUGAAGGUGCCGCUGCUGCCGCCCUACAGGGUGAACCUCCUGCGGGUGUGCUUCCGGACGGUGUACGUGGGGAGCACGACGGCCGUGGCGCUCUUCUUCCCCUACUUCAACGAGAUCCUGGCGCUGCUGGGCGCGCUCAACUUCUGGCCGCUGGCCAUCUACUUCCCCGUGGAGAUGUACUUCAUCCAGCGGAAGGUGCCCCGCUGGUCCACCAGGUGGCUCGUCCUCCAGGGCUUUAGCACUGUCUGCCUGCUCGUCAGCGCCUUCGCCCUCGUCGGCUCCAUCCAGGGGGUCAUCAGCCAGAAGCUAGGCUAGUAAUAGUAUAGUAUGUGCUCAGGAGAAGAUCUUAUUCGGGUUGGAACUUGGAAUUGUAUCGCUGCUUUCUAGUGUAAUGGCGAUGGAGAAUGUCACUGGUGGGUUAGAGCGAUCGGGGAGCAUUAGGUUUCUCCCUCUAUGGUGACGAACGACCGUGUCAGAUGCAUUGGACAGAAACCUGUACACAUUAGUUUUUCAUUCAGGUUACUUGAGUUGAGGAGUCCCGUGCAGCGGGAUGUGCAGUUGCAUAA